GUCUAAAGUCUUAGAGAGGAUGACAAACUAACAGCCAGUUGUCUGCACCGGCUGUCUUCUUCACGACCUCCUGUUCUACAGAAACAACUUGCAUUUUUGGAAGUGCCUGCUCUAAAUUAAUAAAAUGAGCAUGGCAGGACUAAAAGCUGCACUGUUAUUAUGCUGUGGGAUACUAUCUGUUUCUGGAAUGACAAGAGAAUAUUUCCUCAGGAUAGAGGAAAUUACAUGGAAUUAUGCCCCGAGUGGAAUGAACGUUAUUCAGAAUCGCACCCUGCAGGAGGAUGAAGACGCUGCAGUUUUCUUGAAGAGGGUUCCUCAGCGCAUUGGGCCAGCCUACACGAAGGCUGUUUACAAGCAGUACAGUGACGCCACCUACAGCACAGUAGUGCCAAAGCCAAAAUGGUUGGGCUUCUUGGGACCUCUGUUGAUGGCUGAGGAGGGAGACACAGUGAUAGUCCACCUGAAGAACUCAGCAUUAUUAAGGGCUUACAGCAUCCACCCACAUGGACUGAACUACAGCAAAAGCAAUGAAGGAGCCCUAUACCCAGAUGGCACUGGACCAGAAAAGAAGCAGGAUGACGCAGUGGCUCCUGGUGCCACAGUGACCUAUCAGUGGACCCUCCCUGAAAGUCACAGUCCAACCACACAGGAUGGCAACUGCUUGACCAGGUUCUAUCACUCCCAUGUGUCAGCACCAAAGGACAUUUACUCUGGACUGGUCGGGCCCCUCAUCAUCUGUAAGAGAGGAACUCUGGAUUUGCAUGUUGACAGAUCAGCAGUGUAUGCACUGUUGUUCAUGGUGUCGGACGAGAACUUCAGCUGGUACCUGGAUGAAAACAUCCAGACCUACAUCACAAAUCCGCUUAGAAAUCUGAAGGAGGAUAAAGAUUUCAUUGAGAGCAACAAGAUGCAUGGUAUAAAUGGGUAUCUGUAUGGCAAUCUUCCUGAACUGAGUACGUGUCAAGGAAACAAGAUCCACUGGCAUUUGAUUGGUUUAGGCAAUGAGGUGGACAUGCAUUCAGUUCAUUUCCAUGGACAGAUCCUGACUACUCUUAACCGCCACACAGACACAGUCAGUCUUUUUGCAGGAUCCACCUCUACAAGUGAAAUGGUCGCUGAUAACGUUGGACACUGGCUGCUGACAUGCACCGUAAAUGACCAUCUGAGCGCUGGGAUGCAGGCUUUAUUUGAGAUCAAAAAGUGUUUCCCCAAUGUCCACAAGCCACGGCCUCAUGGCGAGCUCAGACAGUACUUCAUUGCAGCUGAGGAGGAAGUCUGGGACUACGCUCCCACAGUGCCAACUGAUAGUGAGGCUGACAAGUUUGUGAAGAGAGGUCCAAACCGCAUUGGAAGCCGAUAUAAGAAGGUUCGAUAUGUGGAGUACAUUGAUGAUACCUUCACAACGAAGAAGCCACGCAGCCCAGAGGAGGAGCACUUAGGAAUUCUGGGUCCUGUCCUGCGAGCUCAGGAAAAAGAUACCAUCAGGGUUGUGUUUAAGAACAAAGCCAGUCAGCCGUACACAAUACAACCACACGGAGUCCAGUACGAAAUAGACCAGGAUGGGACACUCUAUCACAAUGAACUGGAAGAGUCAUAUACAGCAAAAAAGCUGCGAGAACUUAAGAAAGAGACAAGAGUGGUCACUCCUCCUCCAGCAGCUCUUGUCAAACCUGGGAUGGUGCAUACGUAUGAGUGGAUGGUUCCCGUGGGUGCUGGGCCUGUAGCGGGGGAGGCCGACUGUCUGACUCAUCUUUACUACUCUGCCGUGGACGCUGUUAAAGAUACCAACUCUGGACUGGUCGGGCCACUUCUUAUCUGUCGGCCUGGAUCGCUUAAGAAAGGAGUGCAGAAAAACUAUAAUAAAGAAUUUCACCUUAUGGCCACAGUGUUUGAUGAGAAUCUAAGCUGGUAUCUGGAUGACAACAUUCGGGCUUAUGCCACAGAUCCCAACACAGUCGACAAGGAUGAUGAGGAUGGCUUCCAAAAUAGCAACAAAAUGUAUGCCAUCAAUGGGUUUGUAUAUGGAAACCUCCCAGUGCCGACCAUGUGUAAGGGUGAUAAAGUGACGUGGCACCUGUCUGGACUGGGAUCAGAAAAGGACAUUCACAGUCUUUACUUCCAGGGCAACCGCUUCCUCUACCAACAGAAUAGACGAGACAGCAUUGCCGUUUUCCCUCACAUUUCUCACACCGUCACUAUGGAGCCAGAUAGCAUGGGCCUGUUUGAAGUAGCGUCUGCGACUGUAAAUGAUUAUCAUCGUGGGAUGCGAGCCAACUACAGUGUGACAAAGUGUAGCUUGCUUCAGCGUCAGGGUGAAGUAAUGCUCCAUUCAAAAACCUACUACAUCGCUGCCAUGGAAGUGGAUUGGGACUACUCUCCAAAUCGUACCUGGGAAGGAGAGAUGUUUCGCGGUCAGGAGAGCCCUGCCCAUGAAUUUCUGGACCAGCAGGGCGGAUUCAUUGGCUCUCGUUAUAAGAAAGUGGUCUACCGGCAAUUCACUAACAGCAAGUUCACCGAACAGGUGGCUGUAACGCCGGAUGUGGAACACCUUGGCAUUAUGGGUCCAAUGAUUCAUGCUAACGUGGGAGACAAAGUUAACAUAGUUUUCAAGAAUAUGGCGGAAACACGAGCCUACUCUAUCCACGCCCAUGGGGUCAAGACAGACAAACCUGAAGUCCAUAAAACCAACCCAGGUGAAACCCACACUUAUACAUGGUACGUCAACAAAAAUACAGGACCAACUGCAGAGCAGGAGGAAUGUUCAGUGUCAGCCUACUACUCUACGGUUGAUACAAUAAAGGACAUGUACAGUGGGCUGAUUGGUCCUUUGGUUAUCUGCCGCCGGAGCUGGGCUAGGAGCUUUGGGCUGAAGAAAGAAAUCGAGGAGUUUGCACUUCUUUUCCUGGUUUUUGAUGAAAACGAAAGCUGGUAUCUCGAUGAAAACAUCAGGACACACAUCAGAAACCCUCCUGCAAACUUGAAGAACGAUGAAAAUUUCAAAGAGAGCAACAAGAUGCAUGCAAUCAAUGGUUUUGUGUAUGGAAACGUAAACGGUUUGAACAUGGAGGUGGGUGACAAGGUCUACUGGUAUCUGAUGGGGAUGGGGAAUGACGUUGACAUACACGGUGUACACUGGCACGGCCACAGUGUGGAAUAUAAGCUUGGUGGAGGUCCUCAUCGCACUGACGUGUAUGAGCUGUUUCCUGCCACCUUCCAGACGGUGAAGAUGCGCCCCCAGUUCGCUGGUACAUGGCUGCUCCACUGCCAUGUCAUUGAUCACAUCAAAGCUGGCAUGGAGGCGUUGUACACUGUGAAAGAGAAACCCAAGAAGGGAGGAAUCUUUGGGUGAACUAUGGAGAAAAAUGGAAGGGAAAAAAAAAAAUAUUUAGUUAAAUG